AUGUUCAGGGAGUUGGCUCUCUUCCAGGAUUAUCGUGGUUUGCCUGAAUUUAAGAAGGUAUUAGGAGAGUACACUAGUAAAAUAAGACAAAACAAGGUGAAAUUUGAGGCCAACAAGCUUGUACUCACAGCGGGUGCAACUUCAGCUAAUGAAGCGCUCAUGUUUUGCCUUGCUGAGCCUGGUGAAGCUUUUCUUAUCCCCACCCCAUAUUAUCCUGGUUUCGAUAGGGACCUGAAAUGGCGUACGGAGGUGGAAAUCAUCCCUAUAAACUGCACCAGCUCCAACGGCUUCCGAAUCACAGCUCCCGCCGUGCACGAAGCCUACCGACAAGCCCGAAACCUUCAACUCAAAGUAAAAGGCAUAUUCAUCACAAAUCCUUCAAACCCGCUCGGCACUUCACUCACUCUCCACGAACUAAACCUUCUGGUCUCCUUCGCCGUUCGAAAAAACCUCCACAUCGUCAGCGACGAGAUAUACGCCGGCACUGUCUUCGACUCCCCGCGAUUCAUCAGCAUCCUCGAAGCCCUCAACAGUACGAAUGACCCGACAAUCUCGGGCAGGGUCCACGUGGUCUCCAGCCUGUCCAAGGACCUCGGCCUCCCGGGCUUCCGUAUCGGGAUGAUAUAUUCGCAGAACGAAACCCUAAUAUCGGCCGCCACGAAAAUGUCGAGCUUCGGGCUCGUCUCGUCCCAGACGCAGCACCUCGUCUCGAAAAUACUUGCCGACGAAGAGUUUGUGAACGAGUACGUGAGGGUGAACGGGGCCCGGCUGAGGAAAAGGCGGGAAAUGCUGGCGGAGGGGCUCGGGAGGAUGGGGAUACGGUGUCUCGAGGGGAAUGCUGGGCUUUUCUGUUGGGUGGACAUGAGGCACUUGCUCGAGGAGCCCACGUUCGAGGCCGAGAUGGAGCUUUGGGAGAAAAUGUUGAGGGAGUUCGGGCUGAACGUGUCGCCCGGCUCGUCUUUCCAUUGCUCGGAGCCCGGUUGGUUUCGUGUGUGUUUCGCGAAUAUGGAGAAACGGACGCUCGACUUGUCGGUCGAGAGGAUUCGGGCCCUUGUGGAGUCUAGGCUCCAGGGGAAAAAAAACAAAUUUGAAGGAAUAUUAAGUAGUAUUUGA